GCUCUAUUGUUUAUUUGGACAUAGACAGACAAACAAAUUCAGCGUACGCGAUUGUGACGCCAUCAAGCGACAGUGACAGCUUGCCGGCUUUCUUUUACAGUUCCUUCUUGGUGGGCACACUCCCGGCAAUGUUUGGAUUCGGGCGAGGAGGAGACGAUGAAGUCAGGAAACUGCGAGGCCGGGAGAAGGAGCUGGAGCGAGAGCUGGCCACGGCCAGCCAGUCGCUGCUGAGUGCGGAACAGCGAGCCGAGUCGGCAGAGGCCAAAGCCAAUCUACUGGCUAGCCAAAACCGGGCGCUAGCUCUUAAGGUGCAUCGACUGGCCCUGCAACGGGUGGAGCUCCAGAGCGAGAAGCAGAUAGCUGAGCAGGCUAACACGGAGCUGAAGCUGCAGAACCUGCGGCUAGAGAACGAGGCGCGGGUGGCCAAGGCAGCGGAGGCUGACGCGUGGCAGGUGACCAACCUCAAGACGGCCCUGAAGCAGCAGGCAGCGCAGUACGAGACGAAGCUCUCUUCUUUCAAGCGCCGCACAAAGGCCUUCCUCACCGCCGUGCUGCCCGGCACCCAUGCCGCUCGCGGCCUUAGCAUGGGCGGCGCCGGUGCUCCCUCCUCGCCCAACCGCCCCUCGCACGCCGGCGCCAACCCGCGCUCCGCACCCGGCUCCCCCACCGCCGACCUCUCCCUGCCGGACCUGUGGGAUGCGCCGCUCAGCCCGCCCGCCCUGCCUGAGGGCGACGAGGCGGCGGUCGCUGCUGCAGCGCUCCUGCCCGCCGGCGCCUCCAACACCGACGGCGAGGACGUGAACGGCCGCGUGCGCGACAUCAUCGCCUGCCUCUACGACGACUCGCUGUCGGAGGACGCGGCGCUGGAGCAGCUCACCAGCCUGGCCGCGUCGCUGCCGCUGGCGCACCUGCAGGCCAAGCAGCAGGCCAGCGUCGCCGGCACCUCCACCUCCACUGGCUGCAGCCCGCUGCCGGCGGGCCGCGCCGGCGGCUCCAAGGUGGACGCCUCCACGGACGCGCUGAGCCACCGCGGCCCGCGCUACAUGGCGGACGCGGCGACCGAGACGCCCGCCGACAUGCCCGCCUCCUACGUGGGCACGGGGCUGCACACCCCGGCCGAGGGCGGCGCGGGCUCGCCCAGGCUGCGUCUGGGCGGCGUGGUGCCGCCGCUGGACCUGGCAGCACUGGUGGCGCAGGCCAUGGAGGCGGCGCCCGCCAGCCACCGCAGCACCACCAGCACGGCGGCGGGCGCCGGUGCGCCGGGGCCGUCGUUCAACGCCUUCUCGCAGUUUGUGCUGGCACAGCCGGAGAAGCUGCAGCGCCUGAUCAUGCGCCAUGCCGCCGCCACCAGCGCCCGGCCCUCCAUGCCCGCCGGCGGCGGCCUGCUCGCGGGCGGCCAGUCCUCCACGUCCGGUGCCUCCACCAGCGGCAUGCCCGCCUUCCCCGGCGCCGCCGGCCCCACCACCGGUCUGGAGGGCGCCGUGCCCAGCAACGGCUCUUUCACCUCGCGCCCCAGCCUCACCAGCCGCCUGCUGGGCCUCGGCGGCGCCGGCAGCUCUAGCAGCAACAACUCCAACAUCAAUCGCCCGCCUGUGGCGCCGCCGCCGCCCCAGCCCUCCAGCGCGUCGGCCUCCUCUCCAGCGCGCGGCAACACCGCGGGCGUGCUGCUGCCCUCCGCCUCCAUCAACAGCUCCGCCCCCAUGGCCAGCCCGGCUAAGGCCAUCAAGCGCAGCGGUUCCGCCGGCCUGCCCAAGUUCGCGUCCGCGCUGGACGCGGCGCCCAUGGGUGCCGGCGCGCCGCGCGCCGCGCCUGCUGCCCCCGGCCUAAACCUGGGGCUCCUGGCGCCCAAGAGCUCGGGCGCCGCACUGGGCGAGAUCAAGCCGUUGCGUGCUGACGUGGGGGGCGGCCUGGGCGGCCUAGGCUCCACGGACCUGGACGCGGAGUUCGGCGGCUUCUUCCCGUCCGGCUCCUCCGGCGUCUUGGCCGUGCGCCGGUAGGGCCGUGCGCCGGCAGUGCAGAGCAGGUGCAGGUGGAUGCGCAUGAGUGCGGGCGCGAUAGAUGUGAGGUGGCGCUGGGCCAGCAUGAUCUUGGGCGUGCUAGUGGAGGAACUGAACUGGAGUACUGACGGCUGAUUCAGCGGCUAGAUUUGCGCGUAAUUCCUUCUCUAGGAGGUAUCAUUGGGAACGCGGGUUUCUCCCAUAUGACAGCUGAUUUAGCGGCUAGAUUUGCUGGUUGUAAUCGGGCAGGAAUGCACCAGGGCGGAGCAGGAGUGACUGAGGCCUGCACUGCAGGUGCUGGUGCAGCAGACAGGCUGGGACGCCAAUGUACAUAACCGAUGAGAUGAUGUGCAGCUUUUGCCGCUUUCAGUAUUUAUUUAGGUGUGAUCAUGAUAGUAGAUGCGCAUACAGCUUGGGCUGUAGGACUGAUAAGCCGUUGUAGUCCCGAGUACGCUGCGGCACGGAUGCUGCCCGGUAUGGGGCUCACACAUGUUUUGAUGUCAGACUUUACCGAGCAAUGAAAGCAUGUGCAUGAGAAGGUGUGUACGACAUGAAUGCCACAGUACAGGAAGGGACAGUCCAACCAACAAAGUUUCCCCCAGCUGCACCGCACCCAUUCCCCCAGCGGAAAAUUUUCAUGACAAUGCCACACGCUGGAACCCUUGGUGCCCG